AUGCCCGCCCCUGAAUCAAACAUGGAACGCCUCCCAAUGAAUGAAAACCCGGCCGGUGCCCACCAUGGCAAUGCGCCGCAGGGCUUCCCCCCGCAGAACAACACGCUCGGACCCAUGUCGCAAGGUCCCCCGCAAUUACCGCCGCAGAUGUUCACCACCGCUGCCCAGCUGUUGGAUUUGACGGAUAAGAAGCUAGUUCUAGUCCUUCGAGACGGGCGGAAGUUGAUCGGAGUUCUGAGAAGCUGGGAUCAGUUCGCAAACCUCGUCCUUCAGGAUACCAUUGAACGUCUAUAUGCUGGCAACCUCUACGCCGAUAUCCCGCGCGGUAUAUUUCUCGUUCGGGGUGAGAAUGUCUUGCUUCUUGGUGAAAUCGAUCUCGACAAAGAAGAUGACAUCCCCCCUCAUAUCCAGCGAGCGUCGUUCCAGGAAGUGUUUGAGCUGAAGAAGAAGGAAGACGGAGCCCGGAAAGUUGGCGACAAGAAACGCCAUGGGAAGCUCCAGACGCUGGGCUUUGAGCCGGAGCAUAGCGGAGAGAUACUGUUUUAG